AUGCCCAGAGGUCAGCCUGAAGGAGAGCGGAUCUGCACAGGGGACAAGCGGAGACUGGAAGAAUCAGCAACUCAGCUUCCCGGUGCAGGAAAGCAUCCUCAGAAGAAGGGCUGCUCCGAAACUUCAAGCUCUCUCUGUUGGCUGAAGGAUAGCUCAGUUGACCACAGGAGGGUUCGCUGCCUGACACCUGCCCGAACCCAGCCAAACACACUAGGGAAAACGGUUGUCUGUCUCCUGCAAAGAGACCUUAGACUCCAAGACAACUGGGCGCUACUCUUUGCACAGGAAGCAGCGCUUACCCUAGGAACUCCUUUGUACGUUUUGCAUCUGGUGAUUCCAGGGCAUACGUUUCAACCAACAAUUCGGCAUGUGUCCUUCCAUCUGUCAAGCCUCGAAGAGUUCGCUACAGACCUAGCAAAUCAGAGCAUUGGUUUUCGGUGCAUCCCUAUCAGCACAGCCGACGAUGAUAAGGCUUCCACAUGCGAAGCACGUUCCUGCAUUGAAUCAACUGUGACAGAGCUCAAGCCAUGUCUCAUGGUCUGCGAUCUUAUGCCUCUCAGGCGUCCUUCUGAAUUGGUGAAGCAAGCUGCCAACGUGUGCGUCACCAAGGGACAAUGCCCCUUAUACCAAGUUGAUUCCCACAAUAUUGUACCUGUUUGGCUGGCCUCAGAUAAGCAAGAAUACUCGGCUCGCACUUUCCGUGUCCGGGUAACGCGCUUCCUUAGGGAAUUUGCAUGUGAGAUUCCUCGUAUAGGACAACAUCCCCAUAAACUUCAGACCGAGGAUGGGCAAACACUCAAAAUACCAGAUAUUUUGAACAGGCUAAAACUGGACCACAGCGUGCGCCUUCCCUCGCAGUGGCUGCCGGGAUCAAAAGCGGGCCUUGCAGCACUCCAGGAGUUUUGUACUCGGCCACGUUUGCUUGCGUAUGCCUCCCGUAACGAUCCCCUUGAGCGAGGACAGAGCGGCCUUUCACCUUGGCUCCAUUUCGGACAGCUUUCCUCCCAGCGUUGUCUUCUGACCAUUAAUUCACUUGGGCCUGGUACUAAGAUCGGCGCGUUGGCGGCAGCGGCGCGAGAGAGCUUCAUUGAGGAACUCGUUGUGAGGAGGGAGCUCGCAGAGAACUUCAUUUUCUACAACAGCAAAUACGAUGAGAUUCAGGGAGCACCCAAAUGGGCACAAGACACUCUGAACGCCCAUAGGGGAGACAAAAGGGAACAUAUAUACUCUCUGUCUCAUUUUGAAGGUGCGAAGACCCAUGAAGCCCUCUGGAACGCAGCCCAGUUGCAACUCGUACACGACGGGAAGAUGCAUGGUUUCAUGCGAAUGUACUGGGCGAAAAAGAUUCUAGAGUGGGCAGCCUCCCCAGAGUCUGCGCUGAAAAUUUCGUUACACUUGAAUGACAAGUAUUCACUAGACGGAACAGACCCAAAUGGUGUAGUUGGAUGCAUGUGGAGCAUCGCAGGAGUGCAUGAUCAGGGCUGGGCGGAGCGCCCCAUUUUCGGCAAAGUGCGGUACAUGAACCUUGCGGGUUGCAAACGCAAGUUUUCGGUUGACGAGUUCAUUCGGCGUACCAGUGUGGUGGCUGCCACAGCACUUAAAGUGGCGAAGAAAGGUUAG